GAGGCAGUGCCAGAAUUAAACUAGGCUUCCUGCAGGACUGAUCAUGCGGUCCGGAUUGCUAUUCUCGGUGCUUUUUGUCAUAGCUUCUGCCGAUCGGAGCAUUUACUUUAAAGAACAGUUUUUGGAUGGAGAUUCCUGGCAGAGCCGAUGGACACUAUCCAAGCACAAGCAGGACUACGGGCAGUGGAAACUGACGGCAGGGACAUUUUAUGGCGAUGAGGAAAACGAUAAAGGUCUUCAGACCAGUCAGGAUGCCCGGUUCUACGCUGUGUCGUCCCGUUUUGAUCCCUUCAGCAAUGAGGGCAAGACCCUGGUGAUCCAGUUCACAGUGAAACACGCGCAGAAGAUCGACUGCGGGGGUGGCUACAUCAAGGUCUUCCCUGCAGACCAGGAUCAAGAGGACAUGCACGGGGAAUCCCAGUACUACAUUAUGUUUGGUCCUGACAUCUGUGGCUACAGCACGAAAAAGGUCCACGUCAUCUUCAACUACAAGGGCAAAAAUCAUUUGAUCAAGAAGGAAGUGAAGUGCAAGGAUGACGAGUUGACUCACCUGUACACACUGAUCCUGAGGCCUGACCAGACCUACGAGGUGAAAAUCGACAACGAGAAGGUGGAGUCAGGCACUUUGGAGGAAGACUGGGACUUCCUGCCACCCAAGAAGAUUAAGGACCCCGAAGCGAAGAAGCCAGAGGACUGGGACGACCGGGCCAAGAUUGACGACCCUGACGAUGUCAAACCAGAGGGCUGGGAGAAGCCAGAGAACAUCCCUGACCCUGAUGCCAAGAAGCCAGAGGACUGGGAUGAGGAGAUGGACGGAGAGUGGGAACCUCCAAUGAUCCCCAACCCCGAAUACAAGGGCGAGUGGAAACCCAAACAGAUUGAGAACCCUGACUACAAGGGCCCCUGGAUUCACCCCGAGAUUGACAACCCCGAAUACACACCUGAUUCAAACAUCUACAAGUUCGACAACAUUGGGGUUCUUGGACUUGACCUCUGGCAGGUGAAAUCUGGCACUAUCUUUGACAACUUCCUGAUCACCGAUGAUGAAAAAUAUGCAGAAGAGUUUGGACAAGAAACUUGGGGAGUUACCAAGGAACCAGAAAAGAAGAUGAAGGAACAGCAGGAUGAGGAAGAAAGGCAGCGCGAGGAGGAGAAAAAGAAAGCAGACGUAAAAGACGAGGAAGACGACGACGAGGAGGGAGAGGAGGAGGAGGAGGAGGAGGAGGGAGAGGAGGAGGAGGGAGAUAACACAGAGGCAGAAGAGGAGGAUUCGUUGGAAAAUGAAACGCCAUUUAAGGACGAACUGUAAAUGAACUGCCUUGAUCUGGAAGCACAACUGCUGCACGCCUGCUUUUCAACGUAACAGGAGAGUGAAGAA